GCGAGUCAAGUGUGGGUCGGGUCGGUGUGGUUGUAGAACGAUCUGAGGUAUGUCGUCCGUGACCCUGUUCGUGUGAACUAUGAAUUGCCAGUUCAGCUGAAGGAUGGACGGGAAGUCACUGUUGUCACACGGAGUGACUUCAGCACAGGGCUGCCAGUGUUUGAAGUAAAAGACCUCCUGACCGAAGAGGAGUGCAAUGCUAUUCGGUCAGCGGCACCAAAAGAAAUGUUGGAAAGGAGUGAGACGUCGACGGACAAAGGCAAACCCAUCAGUGCAAAGAGGGCAGCCAAGAUCUUCAAGAAUCUUGAUGAGAACCGGGACAAGUCCUUGGAUGCCGAGGAAAUCGCCGAGUUCUUUAAAGAGGCUGCAGAUAUGGUGGACUUUAGUUGGGAGUUUCUCACCGCGAGGCUGCCCAACAUCGCAACAACUGGUCUGAAGGUGGGAAAAGAGGAAUUCAUCACAGCUGACUGGGACGGUUUCUUCUCCUCGGCCAAGACGAUGCAUCCUGAAUGGUUCGCUCGGCAUUCACGACAAACUUGGAUGGGGUAUUCUGAUCAUCCUUUCCUUGAGACAGUAUUGGACAAAGUUGCCGCUGUCACGGGCUUGUCUGAAAGAUUGGUGCGAAAAACAGCGGAACCUAUGCAAGUCCUUCUCUAUCCACCUCAUGGAGGUCAUUACUCUUGCCAUCACGACACGGCUCCUGAUGGACUAGAUGAUGCACGCUUCAUGACUGUGUUCUUCUUCCUGAACGAUGUGGCAGAUGGUGGUGAGACAGUGCUUUUCGGGACCGACUUGAACGGCACCUUUCCAGAAGACCGCGCGUUUGCAGGGGAGGAUAUUUGGGGCCCUAUUGAGUCCCAAUGCCAAUCCGUGCUCAGCUGUCCACAGCCAUCAAGGGGCCACGCAAUGCCCCAACCCUUCUCAUCCGCUUUGGCAGUCAAACCACGCAUGGGCACAGCCCUGUUUUGGUACAACAUGGCCGUGGACCCGAAAGGCCACAUUGGGCAGUUCUAUUGGUCAAGCAUCCACGGAGGCUGCCCCACCAGAGCUGACGAGAAGUGGGCGGCCAACGUUUGGCUACAUGCGAGGGCUAAGAAGUCCAGGAAGGAGCUUUGAAGCUAUUGAGCCCUGGGACGCCCUGAGACACCUGAGACCUGGUGAGACCUGGACAUGCAGCUUGACGAUCACCGACUUCAUGUUUGGUAUGGAUGCGUAGCUGCCAGCGCGGGUGAGCUUGAUGCGAAA